AUGUCUGAAGACGUUCAAGCACUCGUUGUCGAUAACGGAUCUGGUAUGUGUAAGGCCGGUUUCGCUGGUGAUGAUGCACCAAGAGCUGUUUUCCCAUCUAUUAUUGGUAGACCAAAGCAAAAGUCCAUCAUGGUUGGUAUGGGUAACAAGGAUGCCUACGUUGGUGAUGAAGCUCAAUCCAAGAGAGGUAUUUUGACUUUGAAGUAUCCAAUUGAACACGGUAUUGUCACUAACUGGGACGAUAUGGAAAAGAUCUGGCAUCACACCUUCUACAAUGAAUUGAGAGUUGCUCCAGAGGAACAUCCAGUCUUGUUGACUGAAGCUCCAUUGAAUCCAAAGGCAAACAGAGAGAAGAUGACUCAAAUCAUGUUCGAGACCUUCUCCGUCCCAGCCAUGUAUGUUGCUAUUCAAGCUGUCUUGUCCUUGUAUGCUUCUGGUCGUACUACUGGUAUUGUCUUGGACUCUGGUGAUGGUGUCUCACACACUGUUCCAAUUUAUGAAGGUUAUGCUUUGCCACACGCUAUUUUGAGAUUGGAUUUGGCUGGUAGAGAUUUGACUGAUUACUUGAUGAAGAUUCUCAUGGAACGUGGUUACUCAUUCAACACCACUGCUGAGAGAGAAAUUGUCAGAGAUAUCAAGGAAAAGCUCUGUUACAUUGCUUUGGACUUUGAACAAGAAAUGAAGGUUGCUGCUGAAUCCUCCUCAGUUGAAAAGUCCUAUGAAUUGCCAGAUGGUAACGUGAUUACUGUUGGUAACGAACGAUUCAGAUGUCCAGAAGUGUUGUUCCAACCAAACUUCAUUGGUAUGGAAGCUGCUGGUGUUCAUGAAACUACAUUCAACUCAAUCGGAAAGUGUGAUAUUGAUAUCAGAAAGGACUUGUACGGAAACGUUGUCUUGUCUGGUGGUACUACCAUGUUCGAAGGUAUUGCUGAGAGAAUGACCAAGGAGUUGACCAACAUGGCUCCUGCUUCCAUGAAGAUUAAGGUUGUUGCUCCACCAGAAAGAAAGUACUCUGUCUGGAUUGGAGGUUCCAUCUUGGCUUCAUUGUCCACCUUCCAACAAAUGUGGAUCACCAAGGAAGAAUAUGAGGAUGCCGGCCCAGGUAUUGUCCACAGAAAGUGCUUCUAA